AUGUCCUCCCUUCGAAAUGGAACUGUCGUUGGGGAUCCGUCAGAUGCAGAGCCGCGGACUUCAAAAUACUUCUGCGAUGUGGCUGCCGAUGUUGUUUUCCAAUCAUCAGAUGGAGUCUUGUUCCGCGUCUACCGAACCCACCUUGAGACGAACACAGGAGGAUUUGCUCCCGCCAAAAUUCCUACUCUCGAUGAGGUCGUUGUACUCUCUGAGCCAGCGGAGGUUCUGGAACUCCUUUUCCAAUUCACCCAUUCAUCACGCCAACCAUCCAUUCUGAACCUUGAAUUCGGUCUGCUCUUUGCCUUGGCGGAGGCGGCGGAGAAAUACGAGGUAUACGGUGCGAUGAAUACAUGUAAUAUCCGAAUGCAUUACAUAGUCGACCACAAACCUAUGGAGAUUUUGAACUAUGCCUUGAAACAUGGCUAUGCAGAUCUCGCCGAUAAAGCAGCUCCCGUCACGGUUUCCGCCCCUUCAGCGUUGACGCUAGCAGCUCAAAUUCUCACAGUCCCCGGAGCUUUGGUUGCCUGGAUCAAUUACUAUGCACAAUGGGAUCGAUUAGCGAGGGAUUCUUUGGAUUUGAUUCCGAAGAGCCCCAAGCAUGGAACUCACCUCGACGCUUGGGCUUCGAUCACAGCCCAACACAUCCAAAAGGUUGUCCUCGACCCCAGACGCUUUGAGAUCGAUUCAAUCUCUUGUAACCAACCUAUCUUCGUUCCAGCUUCUGACCAUUUUGCUAACAAGGUUAUUGGCUUGAUUUUUCAAUACGACACAUGGAGUCGAUGUUCGAUCAAGGGGUCAAAUUUGACUGUCCCCCCCUCCCCUCCCAUCCUAAUUAGGUAUCUAUUUCUAUUUUAG